AUCUCAAUCCGCCUCGCCCACUCCUUCUCCAGUCUUCAUUCAUUUUCCCGCUAACGUGUACUCCGGCUCUCAGUGAACUCAAUCCCCGCUAACAUGGCAGUUUAACGGCGUGCAGCGGCUCUCCUGCAUUGGCAACAACCCGGCAGUGCAAAGGCAAAGUGCACUGGCUAUUUCUGGCAAAAUGGCGUCUCUCUCGGCAAUCACCCACAGCUUUGCUGCCGUCGACAGCAGGACCGACCCUCUCGACUUGAUAUCGGACUCGUCUCUGUUUCUAUUCUCCCUGAAAACCCUGAGCAGCCGCCAUGAUGUUCUGCCUGGCCUUGGAGGACGUGGAGGCCCUGUACUUCGGGCCCUCGUUUCUGACGGCUGACCCCAUGGGGCCCCUUCUGGACGAAGAUGAAGAUGAAGAAGAAGCUCUCUCUCCCUCCUCCUUUCUAGAGGGGAAGGCUCCAGCUUCGCCCCCCCUCUCUUUUUUCGCCUCCUCCUCCUCCCCGCUCUCUUCUGCCUCCCCCCCUCCCUCUCCUCACCCCACCCACCCCUCCCUGUUCCUGGAAACCAAGCCCUCAGGGGACACCCUGUCCUUCCCCUGGCUGGGGGCCAGCGAGCUGCUCCACGCCCCGGCAGGAGCAGACAAGGGCACCGACGAUGCGUUCGCUGGCAUGGACUGGAUGUCGGAGAAAAUCGACCUGAGUGAGUUGGACCUAGAGUCUCUGAUCGGCUCCUGCUCCGAAGACUCCCCCUCCUCCCCCGAGGAGCUGCUGGCCUCCCUAGACCCCCAGAUGGAUCUGGAUCUGGACGCCUUCGACACCUCCCUCCCCAUCCUCCCCGCCCUCCCCCUGGAGCUCCCCCUCUCGGAGGAGGUUAAAGAGGAGGUGGUGUUGAAGUCUGAGCCUCCCUCCCCCGCUUACACCCUGGAGCUUGGGAGUGAGGUGGAUGUCUUGGAUGUCCUCUCCGCCCCCAGCAUCACCUCCACUUUACUCCCCUCUCCUCCCCCCUCCACCCAAAUAGUGGUGGUGCAUGCCCUCCUCACUCUCCCCGAGCAGCCAAUCAAAAGCUCUCCUCCAUCCAGCGACUGCGAGAGCGACUCCGGCAUCGACUCCCCCCCCUCGCCUCCCGUCUCCCCCCUUUCCUCUUCCUCCAGGACCAAACCAUACUCCAAACCAGAACCUGCCUCCCCCUCCUCCGUCAAACCCCCCCGGGUCAAAUCAGUGUCUGGCGUUCCCAAGGUAGAGAAGAAGCUGAAGAAGAUGGAGCAGAACAAGACGGCCGCCACCCGCUACCGGCAGAAGAAGAGGGUGGAGCAGGACCUGCUGAACGACGAGUGUGAGGAGCUGCUGAGGAAGAACGGCGAGCUGGAGGAGAGGGCGGGGGCCAUCAGCCGGGAGAUCCAGUAUCUGAAGGACCUGAUGGAGGAGGUCCGCAAGCGCCGCAGCAAGAGCAAGGCUCAGUGACUCCGCUCCAAUGGGUGGUGCGGGGGGGGCUGUUUUAUUUUAAAAAAGUCCCAGCCCUCCAGCAAUGCAACAUGAAUAUAGAGAAGAGAAGCGGCUAUAGAAAUAAAAUGCUCCACAGCUGAGGGGUUCUCUGAGGAGCGCUCCACAGCUGAGGGGUUCUCUGAGGAGCGCUCCACAGCUGAGGGGUUCUCUGAGGAGCGCUCCACAGCUGAGGGGUUCUCUGAGGAGCGCUCCACAGCUGAGGGGUUCUCUGAGGAGCGCUCCACAGCUGAGGGGUUCUCUGAGGAGCGCUCCACAGCUGAGGGGUUCUCUGAGGAGCGCUCCACAGCUGAGGGGUUCUCUGAGGAGCGCUCCACAGCUGAGGGGUUCUCUGAGGAGCGCUCCUCAGCUGACCUCGGGCCAGACCUCUAGAAGCACAGGAAUGUGAGGGUGGAGGAAGAAGCCUCUGGAGGUUGUUGGUGGGGGGCUCGGGGGCAGUCAGGUGAAGCAUCUGUACAUGCUGGCCCCUCAGCCCCCAUAAUGCACCUCUGCACUAACAGGGUGCAUUUGUUUUGUAGAGUAGGCAUGCAUCAUGAUGUCCCCUCAGCCCCCCCCCCCCUUGUUUCCCUCUUCCUCUCUUCCUCUGAACAGCUUCAAGUCCAGAAAGGGCCUCGGCACAGUCAUGAGUCCCUGAUGUCACACUGUGUGUGUGUGUGUGUGUGUGUGUGUGUUUCCUCCUGUGCUACAGAUGUAGAAGCCUCUGUUAUCGAACGCAGGGUAAUCCUGACCAUGCUGCAGCUCUUGCUGUCUGCCUUGUAAAAAUGUUUUGCUCUUCUUUUCUAAUAAAUCUUUCAGCGCUCA